AUGUGUCCAAGUCGUUGGGCCCAACCGAGUUGUCGGGCCCGUCCGGGUCCUCGAGCCCAUCCUAGCCGUCGAACCCGUCCAGGUCUUCGGGCCCGUCUGGGUGUACGGGCUCGUUCGGGUCGUCAAACCCGUCCGAGUAUUCGACCCUGUCCGGAUUGUCGGGCCCGUCCAGGUCGUCGGGCCCGUCUAGGUCGUCGAGCCUUUCCGGGUCGUCAGAUGUGUCCAAGUCGUUGGGCCCAUUCGAGUUGUCGAGCCCGUCUGGGUCCUCGAGCCCAUCCUAGCAGUCGGACCCGUCCAGGUCUUCGGGCCCGUCUGGGUGUACGGGCUCGUCCGGGUCGUCAAACCCGUCCUGGUAUUUGGCUCCGUCCGGAUUAUCGGGCUCGUCCAGCUUGUCGGGCCCGUCCAUGUCUCGGGCUCGUCCAGGUCGUCGGGCCCGUCUUAAUUGUCAAGCCUGUUCGGGUCGUCGAACCCGUUUGGAGUAUUGGGCCAAUGACCUAG